AUGGGAGAGGCUUUCUUUGGUGCCAGCGUGCUUGUGUCGGUCAGCUUGUUCCUCUUCUUUGUGAAGGUAGUGCCAAGGUGUCUAGCCGCCAGAGUCGGCUCUGCUGUACGCUGCGAAGAACGCAAGGAGCAUGACGACCGGGCGUGGAAACAACUGAGAGCUGAAGGCUGGAUUUCGAACUUGACCCUCUGCUUCCUCAUGCUUAGUCUUCUUUCCGCUUUUGGCCAGUGGCCCCUAUUGCUCCCAAUCCAGACCAGAACGCUGUGGAAGGUCCCCUUGAUCUAUGUCGCAGACUCAGGCAGGAGCGCCAUGUCCCUGGGGCUGCAGUACCUCCUGAAUCGCAACUGGUUUAAGAUGACCAGUGAAGACCUCGGUCUGAUCCGCAGGCGCAGAGACAAGUGGACCGAAGGUGUGGAGACGGAGAUUCUCACUCGGCGGUACGGCUACUCAGUGAAGAUCAUGGAUGCGGUGAACCGGCGAGUUGGCCACUUGGUGCACUAUGGCAUCCACGUGCUCAUCUUCGCCUACAGCGCGACCGCCCACGCGCUGCUCCAGACCUUCUUCUACCUCGCGGUCUUUCGCUUCGUCUCGCAUGUCCUUCUCGAGCAGGAUGACUGCAUGGGCGUUGUCGAGUACAGCGGGGCGCGGAUGCGCGAUGGCCGCUUCGGGCGUUUUAACUUGCUGGUGGUCAGUGUUUGGGGAGGCUUCGGCAAGGCCAUGGUGGUGAUGUUGUUGAUUCUCAAGGGCUACGACCGGGAAGACAACUUCCACCUCUUCCAGGCAUAUGCGAUUCUGGCUCUGCAGGGUGUGAUCUGGGGCGACACGGCAGGAGAGGUGAUCGGGAGUUUUUUCGGGAAGCUCGAGUUCGACGUAGGCGGUUUCGGCGAGACAAACAAGAAGACGCUGGAGGGCACUUCCGCAGUUUGGCUGGCUACCGCCAUCUCUUCAUGGUGGGUGCUUCAGGUGUGGCAGGCUGGCGACGCCGCGUUCCAGGGCGGCAUGUGGCUGGCGAUCUGCUGCACCUCCACAGUGGCGACCAUCAUGGAAAUAGCAGCCCCGAGAGGUACCGACAACUUCUUCAUCGUUACGGGCUGCAUUGCUUGCUUGUUCUUCUUCAUUUAG